UUUUUAUGUCAAAAUAAAAUAGUGACGCAUUUAUUUUCGUACACUGAUUUUUACCUAUUCAAAAAUCAUAAAAAUGUAAAACGUUAAAAUAAAAAAAAAUACUUUUUUAUUAGGCCGCCAUUUUGAAACGGGUUAAGAUAUGGGUCUAAUAUUUCAGGGUUAUAAAGUACUCAUUGAGACCUUUAAAAUGAGGUACCACACGACCCCCCUUUCUAUUUAAAUUUUUUUCUCAAGAUGUCGCCCAGCCGCCAUCUUGGAAUUUAUAACUACCUAGUUUACAGUGAAAAAUAGUAUCUAUAGACCAAUUUACUUAUGCCAAGUUUCAAAAAUUUUUUUUGACCUGUUCAAAAAAUAAAUGGGGGGGGGGGACUUCAAAGAAAAGCACUGUAUACAUACAUAUGUAUAUAAAUAAAUUUUAUGUUACGUCUUAGAGAUUUUCCGAUUACGUUUAAAAAUCACAAUAUUAAUAUUCAUAUAAUUUAUACAUCCUAUAUUAUUUCCAGAGAACGUACGUUGGCUGCUACAAAAAUGUCGAAAGUUACCUACCAAAAAAUAUUGAAGGAGUCGGCCAAUAUAAAAAAUAACCCCUCUUGUUCAUUCAGCAGUCCAAGAAAAAAGAGGCCCAGGAAAUCACGUAUACUUGACAUUACUUCGACGCAACUUAAAGAAAUUAGGAGCAUAGUUAAUGAUUUUUAUAUAGUGGAAAAAAGAAGGCCUACUCUCAAGUGUACGUAUUUACCUUUAUUGUGCUUUUUUAAUUUUAAUCCUAUUUUUUAUUAGCAGUAAUCCUACAAAAGAUCAUUGACCGAUCUGUUAUUCAUGAGCCUAUGAGUAUACCAUCCUUAGCAAAACUACUAAAGAGCAUUGGAUUUAGAUGGAAGAAGACAGAUGAUAAUAGAAAGGCCUUGAUGGAAUCAUAUGACAUACGUUUGAAGAGAAUAAAAUACUUAAAACAAAUUACCGAAUUUAAAAAUCAAGGUAGAAAUAUAGUGUAUACUGACGAAACCUAUAUACACAGUAGUCAUACUUCUGACAAAGGUUGGUUUGACGAAAGCCUAAGCGGUAUACGAAAACCCAUUUCAAAAGGACAGCGAUUAAUCAUCGUUCAUGCUGGAGGAAAAAAUGGUUUUGUUAAAGACGGUCUACUUAUAUUCCGCUCAGGUUCUAAAAGUGGCGAUUACCAUGACGACAUGAAUCAUGAAAAUUUCAUGAAAUGGGUGGAAACCCAAUUACUUCCGAAUUUGCCACCAAAUUCGGUCUUAGUUUUGGACAAUGCAUCAUACCAUAAUGUACAAGUAAAAAAGAAUGUUACCUCAGGAAGUAAGAAACAACUCAUAAUUGAUUGGCUUAAGGAGCAUAAUUUAGAACAUGACGAGAAAAUGACAAAAACGGAACUUUAUGAAAUAGUUCUUCAAAAUAAAAGAUUUUAUCCGAUAAAGUGCAAACUUGACGAACUAAUGGAAAGUCACGGACACUCAACUUUGCGUUUGCCUCCAUACCACCCAGAAUUGAACCCCAUUGAAAAAAUCUGGGCCACUGUUAAAAACUGGGUAGCAAGCAGGAACACAACUUUUAAGUUAGCAGAUGUAGAAGCUUUGACGAGGCAAAAAUUUGCAGAAGUAUCUGUCGAUGAUUGGAGAAGCAUUUGUGACCGUGUCGACAAAAUUGAAGACAAAUAUAUAAAAGAUCAUAAUCUUUUUGAUGAAACUUUAGAUUCCCUAAAAUUUACGGUAAACACUGGCUCAUCAGAUGAAGAUUUGGAAACGAGUUCCGACGAAUCAAUUAUCAGCAAUGUGGACAUUUUGUCAGAUAGUGACUAAUUUAAUAAUAUGAAUAUGUAUUAUAUACCGUAAUAAUAUUAUGUAGUGUUUUUAUGAGCAGUAAAAUUUAUAUACCCUUA